UUCUUGCAGGUUACAUUUCCUAACUUGGAACUGUUGCACAUUAGUGGACUGGGUCGUAAUGUGAAAAUAUUGGAUGAACUAAGGCAAAUCAGAUCUCAUAAACUAACAGAAUUGCGGGUGGGAAAAUUGGAUGAUGUUUACAUUCUGUUUGACUUUGAGUAUAAAAAAGAUGAUGUAGAAAUUAGUAUACUUAGUCAAUUAAAAUCAUUGGCUCUGACAUCUCUACCCGAUUUAGUGCACAUUACAAGGAUGGUUCCUAAAAGAAUUUAUAUCUUUGAGAAUUUGAGACAUGUUCUUAUUGGAGUAUGUCACAACUUAAGGUACUUAUUCUCACCUUCGAUGGCCAAUUCACUUGCAGCUCUGGAAAAUUUGUGGGUUCUGGGAUGUAAAGAACUUGAAGAGAUUAUUGGAGGACAAGAAGAAGAUGGCACUUCAAACACCAAAAUUGUGGAAGAAAGAAGAACAAGCAGAAUUGUGUUUCCUAAAUUGAGAAACCUAGGACUUCUUCAUCUUGAUAGAUUCAGAUUGCUUUCCUCUCAAAACCAUGAAUUCGUGUUCCCUUCACUAGAGUAUCUGCACAUUCAAAAUUGCCCUAUGAUUGCAAAAUUGUGUCCAAGACAACUAAGUGUACCAAAGCUUGAUAAAGUAUGGAUAAACUUCGAACAAUCCGUUGAUAUUUCAAAUUUCUUGAAUUUAGAAGAUGUCAGAGGACCACAUAUUUGUUGAUACUUCCAGUGUUCUCGAGGAUGCAGUGACAGAAUGAGGCACGGCUAAAAAGCUGGUUAAUGGUGUCUGGAUGGAUGGAUGGAUGGAUGAAAGCACCAGGCAACUUCCAAAUUCCGGUAAUUGCUUUCUAGGCUUUUAGUUCUGAGGGGGAAUCAGUUUCAAUGGAAGGUACAAACAGUUGCUGUUGAAGCAACUAGUUGGUUUUUUAAUCAGGAAUUCAAUACCAAGAUUUUUGUAUCCUAAAUAUGUGUGAUUGUUUUGGUCCUCCCAAAACUUCAUUUAAGAAGCUUGUUAUCAAGAUGA